UCGUCACGACGCGCAGCAUCGCGGCCGGCGAGGAGCUUACCAUCGCGUAUCUCCCUCAGCUCUACUGGCCGGCGCCGCUGCGGCGCGAGGAGCUCGCCGGGCGGUACUUCUUCCAGUGUCGCUGUGCGCGUUGCUGCAGCAGCGAGAGCGGCAAUAACGGCAGUGACGACCCGUUUGAGGCGGCGCUAACGGCAGCGCUGCGGCAGGACUGCAGUGCGGAGGCGGAGCGCAAGCACAUUGCGGAGGUGCAGCUGCUCUGCAGUCGCAUUCGGGGGAAGGACGUGUGUGAAGUAAACAGGGGCGACAGGGACGCGCUGCUGCGCCUCCUGGAGGCGUGUCGCCAGGACCUCUUCCCCUUUCACUACCUCUGCCACGAGCUGCGCAACACACUGAGCUUCGUGUACGCGGUGCUGGACGACACCGCCGCCUGCCUGCGCAGCUGCCUCGACGAGCUGCUGCUGUGGGAGGNCACUGAGCUUCGUGUACGCGGUGCUGGACGACACCGCCGCCUGCCUGCGCAGCUGCCUCGACGAGCUGCUGCUGUGGGAGGCAAUUGUGCCGGGUGGCCACCCAGUGAAGCGGCUGAAGGUGCACAACGCGAUGCGCUGCUCCCUGGAUAA